CGUUUUGUUUACAUUUUUAACAACGAUAUAUUUAAGUUAUUGCGAAUAUUUUCUGAAUUUUUUUGAAAAAUACAAUUGAAACACAUUACCAUAAAGAAAAAGUAAAGUUCAACACCUAAGUGACUUGACUUUUGUGUAAAAAGUAAUAGAAAAUUCAAUACACAAAACAAUAAUGGUCUCUGAAGUGCAACAUCUUCAGGAUUUAAUUGCUUCCUCUUUUGUCCCUGCUUUAAAAAACGACUUGGAUGAUACGCCUUUGCAGAGCGAGCAAUUUAAUGAAUACAGAAAAUAUUUAGAACUACAAGUACCAAUACUUUAUGACCUAUUACAACAAAAACAGCAAUGGAUCUUCGAAAGCGAAGAGCAGGAAGCUUUUGAGACACUUGCCAAUUUGUUGGCCUUGCUGUGCGAGAUAACUGCGACAUCGACCAUUUACAGGCUGUCGGAUGAAAAGAUUCAAAGAAAUGCGAAUCGAAUUCUACGUGAACAGCUUCCUAUAAAAACCGUUGCUGUGGAACAACUCAUCUUUACAUUUUACCAGGAAAAACUUAAUAAGGUUAAAUGGAAAAAACAAUUGGGAGCAGUGCAUGGAUUCUUACAGUUUUUACAGUUGCAAUAUUGCGCUCAAACAAUACCAAAGCAGUGGGUGAAUUUCUGCUUAUCGAUAGGCCUAACUGUGCGUGAAAGCCAUGAGCCUACUUGCAAACGCAUGGGGAUAUUAAUCUUUCAGCUUCUUUUGAAUUCUAGUAAUUUUUCGUACAUUCAAGAGCAAAACAUACACAGUGUUAUAUACGAUUCAGCAUACAAAGAUGUUGAUUUUUUGGACUCGGUAGAAUCGGCAACAGAUGUCUGGAAAUGCUUGUACAGUUGUCUAAACUUCUUUACGGACUUAGAUAGCUUCAAGUGGAGCCAAUUGGAUGACCUGAUGGAAAAAGCGAUUAAAAAUGUAACAAUGGCAUCUGAUAGUAUAAUCUCCCUUUGCCAUUUGCAAUUUGUUAUCAAAUUUGCAGUAUAUUUCGCAAUAAAUCAAAAAGAGAUCGAAAAUCAUUGCGAAUCAGAUCUCAACGACCCAGCUGCUUUAGAACAGUGUCGAAAUGUGUGCGUUACAAACAAUUCUUAUACAAUUUUUCGAUGGGCAAAAAACAUUUUGAAUAUGUUUACUGUGAACUCAUAUAAACUAAUGCAAGAUAAAGAGAUUUCGAAGAAAUUUUUAUUGGAAAUACACAAGUGUUAUUUGGUUUGUAUAAUGCCAAUUGAAUUACAAAUAAUCGGUCCACUCUUAUUACAAUUUCUGGAAAAGUUUACAAUUGUUUUAAUGCAGGUCAUGAACUCACAUAAAAUGGAUCUUGAAAUCAUUAAGUUAGUCCACAUGACUUUGGAAACAUUCAAAUUUCAACUACAAUAUUCCCCCCACAUUAAUGAAAGUAAAGACUUCGAAAAACUUUACAAAGCUCUGACACAACUACUAAAACACAAUACCUUUGUACAAAAUAAAUAAAUGAAUUAAAGUUUAUUGUAAAGGUUUAGGAAAUAAAAUGCACAAUUUUUCAACAAGGGUUUAAAAAUAAAAUGUACAAAUAAAGGUGGGCGUGCAUGUGGAAACAAAAACAAA